AUGCUCAACCAACGCAGAUGCCCUUGCUGUGUCAAUGGCAAACCGGAGUACAGGCAGUACCUUUCGUCGAGAACCACGAAGCCACCCAGGUGUCAGGAGGUUCUCCAGCGAGACCGCAAUGACGACGAAUUCACGGAUGGCAAAGAGGACACGCCAUACGCCUACCUUGGAGAUGGCGAGAUCUGGGCCAAUCGGGCCUUCUUGAAGCUGUUGCAGAAGAAGUAUAACCAGCCGUACUGCCAGUGCCCUCACAACUACAUCGCCAACAAGACGGAGAUCAGCCUCUCCACGCAGAUCUGCAUCGCCUUCAAGGAGGAGAACAGUGAUCUGAUCAUUGAAACACGCGACCACAAGUACCUCAAGGUCGUGGGACCGGGGGAUUGCAACGACGGUGAAGAAUUCUUUGUCCUGAUCGAUCCUGGGAGGCGUCGUAAGCAGUCUAGCAGCUCCAACGAUUCGUCGUAA